AUGGAGGCACAAUGUGUUGGCGAAUGUAACGCACCGACGAAGACAGUUGAAGAAGCAGAGAAUUUGCGUCCAGAACUUGACGAAUUCGUUGGAAACGUUGUCUGCACGUCCCCCAGCGAAAGUUUCCUGACAAAUGCAGGUCGGCAUUUGACCAAACGGCAGUACCGACUUUGUCAAAUGGUAAAUGCUGUGACGGACCUGGAAUUUGGAAAGUCGUCUUCGGAUGGUAAUUUCGUUGCAGUUCCUGACGAAGGGUGUGUGACAGAAGUGUCGGUUUGCGACAUGCAGGUUCAGGCGAGUGACAUGUUUGUGGAACUUGGCGAGAACGCCGGAAGUGGGUUUCAAAGCUUCGUUCAGGAGCUGAUAGUGCGAGCUGGCACGAUCAGGACUCAAGUAAGGGCCUGUGUGGAACUGAGUUGCAACAAAAGCACACAGACGGAUGGCGAUGGUUUUUCCUCUAACGAAGGCGACGUCGAUUUGCUUGUGGCCUGUUUCCCGACGAUUUCACUCGAAGACUUGAAGCACGUGUACACUACUUGUGGCAACGACUUGCGGUGGACCGUUAAUCUUCUUUUGGACUCUGGCUACGAAUGCGGCGUUAGUACGCCUGAUCAUCUGCAUGACAUACAAUCCGAAGACUGUGGCGCAAGCUUGGGUGGAAUUAAGGAGGAAGGGGUAGCUACGAAAGAACCUCCAAUUUCUAUCGAAAGCGAGCAGUCGCCAAGCCGUGGUAACAACGUAGAAGCGACAACAGAAGAAAAAUGUGUAAGUGAGCCUUCUGAUGCUUUGAAUAGAUCCGAACCACCUACGGACCAGGAGAAAUCCAGUGCUUCCAACGUGGAAUCUUCUGGAGAAACUACAACCCUUAUUCUUGAACUUAGUGCUGACAUGGCUAUGCAGCUGCAGGACCUGUUUGGUCCUCUGUUUGAGGGCGUGCCUUCGGACCUGUUAUCACCAGACCAGUUAAAGGUUGAGGUCAGCGUAGAAUGCGCUCGCCAGAUCUUCUUGUUAUGGCUGAACACGCAGCACGCGCUCAGGGAAAACAGCGGCGAGUGCCGACUUCAAGGUGCGUUACUGGCGAAAUCCUGUCGCACUAAGAUUACCGCUUCAGAUGCCGACUCAAACACUGGCUCUUUUGGUGGGAUGUUGUUGGCUGACGAAGAAUUGGCAAAAGAAAUGUCGCAGUUCGAAAAUCAGAAAAAGCAGUGCAUUGGUAUCGAUCCGAAUUCGCUGCUUGCGAGGCUGAGGCUGAAGCGUCUUUUCAGCAUGUUCCCUUCCAUUGAAAAAAACUUUGUCACCAUGCUUUUCAUUCAAAACCGGUGUCUGCUUGAUGAGACAGCGGUCGUUUUGGUAAAUCUUUUCAACAUACCCCCGGUCGAGGAGGCAGCAAACGAAGAUGUGAAUUCGGUCGAAGAUUCAGCAGAGACGGUAAACAGUGACGAUCUCUGACU